GGCGCAGAAGCACCAGCAGACAUUUUUGAAUCAGCUGAGAGAAAUUACUGGGAUCAACGAUGCCCAGAUACUACAGCAAGCUUUGAAGGAUAGCAAUGGAAACUUGGAGUUGGCAGUGGCUUUCCUCACUGCGAAGAAUGCCAAGACCCCUCAGCAGGAGGAGACAACUUACUACCAAACCGCACUUCCUGGCAAUGAUAGAUACAUCAGUGUGGGAAGCCAAGCAGAUGCGAUCAUUAUUCAAUCUUUUGGAGUUUAGAAGAUUAGUCCUGAAUUAUAAGCCUCCAUCACAUGCUCAAGAUUUACCCCGAAACCAAAAGGAGCAUCGGAAUUUGCCUUUUAUGCGGGAGCUGCGGUAUCUAUUUGCACUUCUUGUUGGUACUAAAAGGAAAUAUGUUGAUCCAUCAAGAGCAGUUGAAAUUCUUAAGGAUGCUUUCAAGUCAAAUGACUCCCAGCAGCAAGACGUGAGUGAGUUUACACACAAAUUAUUAGAUUGGUUAGAAGAUGCCUUCCAAAUGAAAGCUGAAGAGGAGACGGAUGAAGAGAAGCCAAAGAACCCGAUGGUAGAAUUGUUCUAUGGAAGAUUCCUAGCUGUGGGAGUACUUGAAGGUAAAAAAUUUGAAAAUACUGAAAUGUUUGGUCAGUACCCACUUCAGGUCAAUGGAUUCAAAGAUCUACACGAGUGCCUAGAAGCUGCUAUGAUUGAAGGAGAAAUUGAGUCUUUACAUUCAGAGAAUUCAGGAAAAUCAGGCCAAGAGCAUUGGUUUACUGAACUACCACCUGUGUUAACAUUUGAAUUGUCAAGAUUUGAAUUUAAUCAGGCAUUGGGAAGACCAGAAAAAAUUCACAACAAAUUAGAAUUUCCUCAAGUUUUAUAUCUGGACAGAUACAUGCUCAGAAACAGAGAAAUAACAAGAAUUAAGAGGGAAGAGAUCAAGAGACUAAAAGAUUACCUCACAGUAUUACAACAGAGACUAGAAAGAUAUUUAAGCUAUGGCUCGGGUCCCAAACGAUUCCCCCUGGUAGAUGUUCUGCAGUACGCCUUGGAAUUUGCCUCAAGUAAACCUGUUUGCACUUCUCCUAUCGAUGAUAUUGAUGCUAGUUCCCCACCUAGUGGUUCCGUGUCAUCACAGACAUUACCAAGUACAACAGAGCAACAGGGAACUCCUUCUUCAGAACUGCCAAGCACGUCACCUGCGUCAGUAGCUGCCAUUUCAUCGAGAUCAGUAAUACAUAAACCAUUCACACAGUCUCGGAUACCUCCAGAUUUGCCCAUGCAUCCAGCACCAAGGCACAUAACAGAAGAAGAACUUUCUGUGCUAGAAAGCUGUUUACAUCGCUGGAGGACAGAAAUAGAAAAUGACACCAGAGAUUUGCAAGAAAGCAUAUCCAGAAUCCAUCGAACAAUUGAACUAAUGUACUCUGACAAAUCUAUGAUCCAAGUUCCUUAUCGCUUACAUGCUGUUUUAGUUCAUGAAGGCCAAGCUAAUGCCGGGCACUACUGGGCUUACAUUUUUGAUCAUCAUGAAAACAGGUGGAUGAAGUACAAUGAUAUUGCUGUGACAAAAUCAUCAUGGGAAGAGCUAGUGAGGGACUCUUUUGGUGGUUAUAGAAAUGCCAGUGCAUAUUGUUUAAUGUACAUAAAUGAUAAAGCACAGUUCUUAAUACAAGAGGAGUUUAAUAAAGAAACUGGGCAGGCCCUUGUUGGAAUAGAAACAUUACCACCGGAUUUAAGAGAUUUUGUUGAGGAAGACAACCAGCGAUUUGAAAAAGAACUAGAAGAAUGGGAUACACAACUUGCCCAGAAAGCUUUGCAAGAAAAACUCUUAGCAUCUCAGAAGUUGAGGGAGUCAGAAUCUUCUAUAACAGCAGCACAAGCAGGAGAGCCGGAAUAUCUAGAGCAGCCAUCAAGAAGUGAUUUCUCAAAGCACUUGAAAGAAGAAACUGUUCGAUUAAUUACCAAGGCAUCACACGAGCAUGAAGAUAAAAGUCCUGAAACAGUUUUGCAGUCGAAACCUGAAAAUACCACAAGCCAACCACCUUCUACCCAGCAAGUUGUAGAGGUGGCGAUCCCUCAUGUAGGGAAAUUUAUGAUUGAGGCGAAGGAGGGGGGUUAUGAUGACGAGAUCAUGAUGACACCGAACAUGCAAGGUAUUAUCAUGGCGAUAGGUAAAUCCAGGAAUGUAUAUGACAGGUGUGGCCCUGAAGCAGGGUUCUUUAAGGCAAUUAAGUUGGAGUAUUCAAGAUUGGUUAAAUUGAGCCAAGAAGACACCCCACCAGAAACAGAUUAUCGUUUACAUCAUGUAGUGGUCUAUUUUAUCCAGAACGAGGCACCAAAGAAAAUCAUUGAGAAAACAUUGCUAGAACAAUUUGGAGAUAGAAAUUUAAGUUUUGAUGAAAGGUGUCACAACAUAAUGAAAGUUGCUCAAGCCAAACUUGAAAUGAUCAAACCUGAAGAAGUAAACUUGGAGGAAUAUGAGGAGUGGCAUCAGGAUUACAGGAAGUUCAGGGAGACGACCAUGUAUCUCAUAAUUGGGCUGGAAUAUUUUCAAGGAGAAAGGUAUAUAGAUUCCUUGCUGUUCCUUAUCUAUGCUUAUCAGAAUAACAAAGAACUCUUGUCCAAAGGCCAAUACAGAGGACAUGAUGAAGAAUUAUUAUCACAUUAUAGAAGAGAAUGUUUACUAAAAUUAAAUGAGCAAGCUGCAGAACUGUUUGAAUCUGGAGAGGAUCGAGAAGUGAAUAAUGGUCUGAUUAUCAUGAAUGAGCUUAUUGUCCCAGUGUUGCCCUUGUUAUUGGUGGAUGAAAUGGAAGAGAAAGAUAUACUCGCUGUGGAAGAUAUGCGAAAUCGAUGGUGUUCCUAUCUUGGACAGGAAAUGGAAUCAAACCUCCAAGAGAAGCUGACAGAUUUUCUGCCCAAACUGCUCGAUUGUUCUACGGAGAUUAAAGGUUUCCAUGAGCCGCCGAAGUUACCUUCCUAUUCCACGCAUGAACUCUGUGAGCGAUUUGCCCGAAUCAUGUUGUCCCUCAGUCGAACUCCUGCUGAUGGAAGAUAAACUGCACACACACUUCCCCUAAACACACUGUAUAAACAUUUUUUAGUUCUUAACCCUUGCCUUCCUGUCACAGGGUUUGCUUGUUGCUGCUAUAGUUUUUAACUUUUUUAUUUUAAUAACUGCAGAAGACAAAAUGACUAUACAGACUUUAGCCAGACUGCAAACAAUAAAGCUGAGAAUCGCAUGGCGCUCAGACUUUGUUUUACCCAGAACUGAUGUAUAAUUACAAAUCUGAUUGAUCUUAUUAUGGCAAAACCAUGCUUUUGCCACCUUUCUGUUACAGUAUUACCUUGCUUUUAUCUUUUCUUUAUCUACAGCUUUCCAUUCAGUCUGGAUCCUUCCACGACUACAGCCAUUUAAGUGUUCAGCACUGUGUACGAUACAUAAUUUGGUAGCUUGUAAAUGAAAUGAAAGAAUAAAGUUUUAUUUAUGGCUACCUACGUGUUUGUAAGCAGGUAUAUUGUAUGCUAGUAUAUUAUUUUAGUUAUAAAUGAAUUUUGUCUGGGGAUUGUUUAAGAUUGGGUGAUGAAUAGAUUAAUACAGACUUUUCAUUUUGCUUUAAUGUUAGCACAUUGGAAAUUUACUAAGUAUUCGACACUUAAAUAUAUCUAUAUUUUUGACUAAGUUGUUAAACUUAGUAUGGCACCUAAACCUGUUUUGUGUUCAAAUCAGGUUUUCACUGAAGUGAGCGGCUGAUAUUUAAGUCAACCACACUGAAACUUUUAACCUUUUCUUAGAUUAAUCUUUUAUUUUUUUAUGUAUUUACAGAUAAUAUAGCAAGGUGAUUAUUUUAAGAGAUACUAGAAAAAAGUACUUGAAUAAGGGCUAUUUAAUAGUGAAACUUAUAAGAAACAUAUAUAUGUAUAUAUACACAAACAUACACACACGUGUACACACACACUUAUUCUUUAUAAUGGAGGACAAUGUUUUGCAUUAUAUAAUCAUUCUAUUUUUGUAAGUUGUAUACCACUUUAAUUGAAAAUGUUCUCUACUAAUCAAUGCUGUGAAAUGAAGUUGAUAUUGUUGAACUAGAGGUUCCAAGAGUACCUUACCUGCUUUUCAUAAAGGGAAAAGCUGUAGAACAUUUUGUAGAUGGAACUGCUGUUUAAGAUUAAUGAAGUAAUAUUGUGAAUGAAAAUCAGUGCUUUAAAGCUAAUCAUGUUACCAACAGCCUAUUUUUGAAUUUAUAAAAGUUUCUUUAUAAAUGAUACUUUGUUAGCGUAGUAAAAUAUAUCAUUAUAUUAUGUGUAUGUUUUGUUAUAGCGUCGCCAAAACUAGUGCUCUUUAUAAGUGCCUCUCACAAAAGAUCCUGGAUGGAUGAGGAAGAAGAAAAUAUUAAGCUAUUAUAUAAUGCUCCUUAUAAAGGUAUCAGUGUACUGUGGAGGUAUUAUUGACAAGGAAUUGAUACUAUUUCUUUUGUAAAGUUAGAUUUUUGCAUAAUAUAGCUGUCAAAAUGUGUUCUGGUUUAUAUUUUAAAUUCUCUACUGAGUAGAAUUAGUAUUUUGCAUUGGUUUUCAAGUUCUGUCAAAAAUUUUAAAACUUUAUUCACGUGUAUCAUCAAAACGUUUGUUAAAUGUCUUCAGUAUUUAUGAUAUUCUUCUAUAACGGCAAAGUUGUUUGUGUUUGUGUGUAUAAUUGACCACUGAGACACAAGUGCUCAAACACCACAUGGAAAUUUCUCCUUUCACAAGGCACAUCCAGAGAACAUAUGUGGCUCUUGUGCUGAAGGUACGUAUUCUUAUUAUAUUUACUUUGUAUUCAUUGCUAGUAAUGAGUCUGAAGUCCUUAUGAAGAAGUGACCUUUUUCAAGACCUAGGGAAACAACUUGUUUUUAUAUCAGCUUUUAAUCUAGAGAUUUAGGUCAGUGCAAUUUCCUUACAUUAUUUACUGGGUUAAAUAUAACAUAGCUAGGAAUUUAAAAAUUGAAACCUGAUAGAACUGUUGACCACACAGAUCUCACUUUGAUUUAAAUGACUCUCAUUUUGAUUAUUACAGUAGCCCCUUCCCACCCCACAAAAGUUACAUUUUGAAAUAAUUUAGGGCAGAAUUCAAAUAGAUCAAACUUAAGACUUGUAGGAACUUCUUAUGAACACUGUGUUUCAGGAGACUAUAGCCAGGAGUUAACCCCUGAGACCCUGUAAUUACUUUUCAGAUUCAUUAAAAUACAAUAGUGAGCAUACACUAAAUCAGUAGCUCUCAAAAUGUGAUUUCCUGACCAGUGGCUGCAGCAUCAUCUGGGAAUGUGUUAGAGCUGAAAAUUUUUGAGCCCCACAUCAAAACUAUGGAUUCAGAAACUCUUCAAGUUUCAUCAAGUGUUUUAACAGGCUUCAGCAAGUCCUUCAGGGGACUGAUGUCUGCUCAAUUUUUGGAACCACCCCACUAAAUAAAACUUUCAGUAGCGUUUUAUACACCU